AUGGCUACGGAGCAUAACCCCGACCACGUCAUGACGGAGGGUCAGAUCCCUGUCGGCGACGAUACCCUCGAUGACCUUGGGGAAGAAUUCCUCGAGGAUCUCUUUGACGGCGCUCUGCCCGUGCUCAAUGAUGAGGUCGCGCACUCUGCUCCUGUCGGUACGCAACCGUCCCCGUCGGGCGAACCGGCUGCGAAAAAGCUAUGUGGUGAGGGGCAGUCCUCGGCUGCUGGCCCUUCUGGGGUCGCUUCCGCGCCAACCUCGGCUCCUCUGCCGAUCCCCCGUGCGAGCUCUUCCGGUAGCUCCGACGCCACGGCUCCUGCGCUUGGCCGCGCGCAUGCUCCUUCUGCGCCUCGUUCGGCGCGUGCUUCUCGCUCCCGGCCCGUGCAGCCGGAACCUGAACCUGAGCACGCUGCUGCUGGUGCGGCCAACGGCCUCGCUCCUCACGUUCGCUUUCGGAACCUGCGUCGCCACCGUACGACGGUCGGUACUGUCUUGCACACGCUGACGCGGAACACGCAGUCCUUGGUGGAUGUCAUCUUCCGCCGAGGAGGUUCGUGCUGCGGUGCUUGCGCGCAUCUCGGCUCUCAUCAACGAAGAGAUGUUUUCCCCACCUAA